AUGAAAAUUCAUGCAUUCAUCACAAUUCCAAUGAAUCUAACCAAGUUUAGAUGCACAGGAGGUGAAGUUUCAAAGUGGUCACCUACAUUUGGGAAGGACCAUCACCCUUACGCGGAUCAAGAAGAUCCAGACCACAAUUCCAACCAUCCCAAGAAAUCAGUUCUGACCAUAGUGAAGGAGAAAGCCAACAAAUUGAGACAAACUUUUAGCCAGAAAAAGCAUAGUCAUGAUCAUUAUGUUAGCACCACUCCCUCUUGGGGUGUCAGCUUGGAGGACAAUGAAAAUGAAGAAGAUGAAGAACACCACCUUGAAUCCCCAAAGUAUGAAUCGGAGCUGGCUCCUGACUGGUACAAGAAAACCACAAUGCAGCAUCCAAGAGCAGUUCUCUCUGUUUCUGAGAACCAUGUUUUGGCAAGAUGUGUCAAUCUUGGUGCUCCACAAAGCGGAAAUGCUACUAAUGGCGAUGAUCAAACAUGGAGUAAGGGUGUUUCAGUGGAGAAUUUGAUGCAUAGCCAUGAGGCUGAGGAAGAAGAGAAAUCAAUAUCCCAAGAGAGAUCUCAUGCAAUUAGUCCAAGAAGAAGAACUCCUGUGGUUAUAGGUGUGGUGGAGAAGGUCAAAGAAGCUGUGAAUUCUUUGCUCAGCAACGACCAGUCGUCCAAAUACACAGCUCCCAUUAACUCAGCUAGUACUUCAGUAUCAGACAUACCGAUCUCCACCCAUAAUGCUCAUUCGGCUAAAACCUCACCAUCACAUGACCUUCCGAUCUCCACCAAUGCACAUGAAGUUGGGGAAGAAGAAAGUUAUGGGAGAAUACUCCAAGCCAAUUGA